GACCACAAACGACAACGAAGUACGUUGCGAUAAAAUUAUCGAGUUUUGAAAAUCUAUGGUCAUUGACCGAAACGAAAUAAAAACAAGUUAUUUACAAUGUUUUAGUCGAUUUUAGACAGUUACAAAAGUUGUUUUUAACGUUAUAAUAUAAAUAAAGUGUCCGUUUAUUUUAUUUUUUUGGUUUUGAAAUACAUAGGCAUUGAUUUAUUUGACAACAUACGCGAUGGAUAAAAUUUAUUUCUCCGUAAAUGGCCAGCGAUAUACAUCGAAUGGAUCUGACGUGGAUGAAUCGAUGUCUCUAAACGACUACCUUCGGAAUACCCUGGGUCUGUUUGGUACGAAGUCUAUGUGUAACGAGGGAGGUUGUGGCGCGUGCGUCGUCUCCGUGGCACAGUACAAUCCGGUCACUAAGGGCAAGGACGUGUUUGCUGUUAACUCUUGUUUAGUACACAUCUUAUCAUGUCAUACGUGGGAGAUAACAACAAUAGAAGGACUGGGGAACCAGAGAGUUGGGUACCACCCUCUGCAGAGCCGUCUGGCGAUGUUCAAUGGUACACAAUGCGGGUACUGCACGCCGGGCUUGAUAAUGAAUAUGUACAGUUUAUGCAAAGAUUCAAGUAAGAAGUUGACAACACAAGAAAUAGAGCGGUCAUUGGGUAGCAAUAUUUGUCGAUGUACUGGUUACAGACCUAUUCUGGAUUCGUUUAAAAGUUUCGCCAACGAUACAGAUCCUCAAAUAAAAGACUUGGAAGACCUAGAUCAAAUGAAAUGUCUAAAAACUUCUCAAAAUGAUUGCAAUUUGUUAGACGAGGAAUGGUGUGUUAUUGAGAAAGCAAAGGAAUUACAACUGCAAGGUUCGAAACCUAAUCGUUGGUAUAAAGCGUUUACAUUGCAAGAUGUAUUUAAGAUUCUGGAAAAGGAAGGCGUCGAUAGCUACCGUCUGGUCGCAGGCAAUACUGGUAAAGGAGUAUAUCCAAUAAAAGAAGAGCCCCGUGUACAUAUAGAUAUAUCUUCUAUCGAAGGUCUAAAAGAUACAACAAGAUCCGUGAACCUUGUUCUCGGAGGAGGAAUGUCCUUAACAGAAAUGAUGAGAGUAUUCAAAGCUCACGCCAAAAUUAACGAAGACUUUCAAUAUUUGGAACAUUUUUAUGAACAUUUGGAAUUAGUCGCUCAUAUACCUGUUAGAAAUAUCGGCACUAUCGGUGGUAAUUUGGCACUAAAAAAUGCACACCACGAGUUUCCAUCCGACAUAUUUUUAUUGCUACAAGUUGUUGAAGCCAUGGUAACUAUAGUGGACAAUAAUCUUCACAAAACCGAUGUAUCAAUGUCGGACUUUCUCAAACUGGAUCUACGAAACAAAUUAAUAGUUGAUGUCAAAUUACCUCCUCUAUCCUCAACGGACAUUAUAAGAACAUACAAGAUAAUGCCGCGCGCGCAAAAUGCUCAUGCGAUUGUAAACGCGGGCUUUUUAUUUCAACUGAAGUCUUCUAAUGUGACGUCAUGUUGUCUCGUAUUCGGCAAUAUAAGCCCAGAUUUCAUAAGAGCUAAAGAAACAGAAGGUAUAUUGAAAGGACUGGACCUUUAUAAAGACGAAUCUUUGCAAAAAGCUUUAGCUAAAUUGAGCCAAGAAAUUGUACCCAAAGAUUUUCCAACAGAACCAUCAGCAUAUUGCAGGAAGGCAAUUGCGUUAGGAUUAUUUUACAAGGCCAUUCUAUCACAAGCUCCAUCUGUAAAUCCACGAUAUAAAUCAGGAGGCAGUUUACUCAAACGACCAGUUUCCAGUGGUACCCAGAUCUUCGAAACUGAUAAAUCUCUCUGGCCAUUGAAUCAACCUGUGCAAAAGUUAGAAGCAUUAACACAAUGUUCGGGCGAGGUGCGUUACUCUUGUGAUAUGAGGUACUCACAGCGAGAUGUUCAUGUCGCUUUCGUGCUGGCUACAGAAGCUGUUGCUGAUAUUGAGUCUAUUGAUGCUACUCAAGCUCUGAAAGUUCCAGGGGUGUUAGCAUUCUUCUCAGCUAAAGAUAUCCCAGGAAAGAACAGCUUCACUCCCCUGGACGUGCCCUGGCAAGACGUGGUGGAGGAGAUUCUGGCCUCCAAAAGAGUGUCUUACUAUGGCCAGCCCAUCGGCCUGAUUGUGGCCGGUAAUCAGAAGCUAGCAGUCAAAGCGUCUGAGCUGGUUCAUGUCAAGUACAAGAAGAUUGCUGAUCCAGUCCUGACUAUUUCUGAUGUCCUAGUAGCACCUGAUAAGGAUAAGAGACUACGUAAAGACGUGUCAACAACAGCGAGUGACCGCGGUAAGGACAUCAGACAUGUAGUGAAAGGUGAGUUUGUCGUACCGGACCAGUAUCACUACACAAUGGAAACGCAGAGCUGUGCGGCCACGCCCACCGAGCGGGGCCUCGCGCUGCGGAGCGCUACGCAGUGGAUGGAUCUCGUGCACGUCGCCGUCGCCAGGACCCUCAACUUGCCCCUCAACUGUGUGGAGGUGUCAGUGCCGCGCCUGGGUGGGGGGUACGGCGGGAAGGCCUCGCGGUCUGCGCUGGUGGCAUGCGCGUGCGCACUCGCCGCGCACCUGCUGCGCCGCCCCGCACACCUCGUGAUGCCCCUCACACACAACAUGCUUGCGAUCGGCAAACGAUCUGCCUGCAUAUUUCAGUACGAGGUGGGAGUAAACGACGCAGGUGUGAUCCAGUAUCUCAACAUUACUUAUUACUCUGACUGCGGUUGUUCGUACAACGACUCCGUGUCCCACUACAUAGCAGACGCCUUGAACAACUUGUACGAUAGCAAAAGGUUUAAUAUCACAGGGUACAGUGUACUUACCGACAAGGCCUCUAACAUUUGGUGCAGAGCUCCAGCAACAACGGAGGCAGCUGCAAUUAUGGAACAUAUAAUGGAGCGCAUCGCACACCUCACUAGCAAAGACCCAGUAGACGUUAGAAUAGCAAAUCUAGCGCCAAAGAACGAAUCACUUAAAGAAAUGAUAGCUACAUUCAAAAUGGAGACUAACUACGACGACAGAAGAUCGGAAAUAGCUGAGUAUAAUGAAAAAAAUGCUUGGAAGAAGCGUGCUUUGAAGUUAUCCAUCAUGUCAUUUAAGAUAGAAUAUUCUGGAAACUUUCCAGUGACUAUAUCAGUAUACCAUGGUGAUGGGUCUGUGUUGAUAUCCCAUGGUGGUAUAGAAAUGGGUCAGGGUAUAAAUACGAAGGUCGCUCAAGUAUGUGCAUAUGCUUUGGGUAUACCUUUAGAUAAAGUUCAGGUGAAAGGAGCUGAUAGCUUCGUAUCUCCUAACACAAUGGCCAGCAGUGGUAGUAUUACUAGUGAAUGUGUAUCCUAUGCGACCUUGAAAGCCUGCAAAGAACUGUUGAAGAGAUUGGAACCGGCAAAAAAAGGAAUGAAAGAACCAACUUGGGAACAGAUAAUUAAGAAAUCUUAUGAUAAUGGCGUGAACCUGCAGACUAGUUCAAUGACGUCAUCGCUGGACUCCCUCCUCGGUUAUGACGUGUACGGGGUGUGCUGUACAGAGGUCUGCCUGGAUGUGCUCACAGGACAGCACCAGGUGUUGAGGGUCGAUAUCUUGGAAGAUACAGGCCAGAGUAUUAGCCCUAAUUUGGAUGUUGGGCAGAUCGAAGGGGCGUUCGUAAUGGGCCUAGGUCUGUGGACUUGCGAGCGGCUGCAGUACGCGAGGUGCGGGCGGCUGCUCACAGCCGGCACGUGGACGUACAAGCCGCCCGGCGCACUCGACAUUCCCAUAGACUUUCGCGUCAACUUCAGAAGGAAUUCCCUUAAUGAUGCUGGAGUACUGCGCUCCAAAGCUACAGGUGAGCCUGCGUUGGUGCUGGCUGUAGCUGUCACCUUCGCGCUGCACGAGGCUCUGCUGGAGGGCAGGAAGGAGUUUGGAUAUAUUGAUCAUGAUUGGCUGCAUGUUGAUACACCUUACAGCAUUGAAAAUAUAAUAAAAGCACUUGCUCCUAGAAUAGAAAGCUUUAAACUUCAAUAA